AUGGAGUCUACUCACGGGUACAUGCGUUCAAUUAAGCUAUGGCCUCCUAGCCACAACACGAGGUUAGUGCUUGUGGAGCGUAUAGUAAAAAACCUCACGACACCAUCCAUUUUAUCAAGAAAGUAUGGUUUACUAAGUAAAGAAGAAGCAGAGGAAGAUGCCAAAGAAAUUGAGUCUGCAGCAUUUGUGGCUGCAAGUCAACAAUUUGAAAAAGAGCCUGAAAGUGAUGGAACAUCAGCUGUGCAAGUGUAUGCUAAAGAAUCCAGUAAGCUCAUGGUAGAAGUAGUCAAAAGAGGUUCUAGACCCAAAGAAGAUCAGGACGUUAUACCAGAAUUAACUACACCAGACCAAGAGACCGUUUUUGAUAUUUCUGGAGGACGUCGGUCCUUCAUUGAAGCAGAAGAGGCUAGAGAACUAUUGAAACCAUUAAAGGAGCCUGGAAACAAAUUUACAAAGAUAUGCUUUAGCAAUAGAAGUUUUGGGUUACCUGCAGCCCAUGUGGCUGCUUCCAUUUUAUCGUCUAUUAAGGAUCAACUAACUGGAGUUGACCUUUCGGAUAUUGUUUCAAGAAGGCCCGCGCCUGAAGCUGUUGAAGUUAUGAGGAUGUUUUCAUCAGCAAUUGAAGGUUCUAAUCUGAGUUAUUUGAACCUUUCUAAUAAUCAUUUGGGUGAACAGGGGGUUCGAGCAUUUGGGGAUCUUUUGAAGUCUCAAAAUAAUCUUGUUGAACUGUAUUUGAUGAAUGCUAGUCUCUCAAAAGAAGCAGCAAAGGCGGUUUGUGAGUUAAUUCCUUCUACCAAAAAACUCAAGAUUCUUCAUAUUCAUCAUAACAUGACUGGAGACGAAGGUGCAAUCUCCAUUUCUCAACUCGUGAAAGAAUCUCCAAACCUAGAGGAUUUCAGGUGUUCCUCCACAAGGGUCGGCUCCAGAGGGGGGGUUGCUCUAGCUGAAGCACUUGAUACAUGUACCGUCUUAAGGAAACUUGACUUACGUGACAACAUAUUUGGACCGGAACCUGGGGUUACAUUGAGUCAGGCGCUAUCAAUUCAUAUUAACAUUACAGAACUUUACCUCAGUUACUUGAAUCUGGAAAAUGAAGGGACCAUAUCCAUUGCAAAUGCUCUAAAAAGUUCGGAUUCUAUCCUUGAAAUCCUAGAGAUGGCCGGAAACAAUAUCACUUAUGAAGCAGCUAAUGCAUUAGCUGAUUGUAUAACUGCAAAGAAAAGUUCCUUGAACAAAAUAAACUUAUCUGAAAAUGAACUACGGGAUGAAGGUGCUAUAGUGAUCGGUAAGGCACUUGUAGCAGAGUUUGGACGAUUGAGCAUUGUCGAUUUGAGCACAAAUGGGAUCAGAAGAGAUGGAGCCACGGCAUUGGCUAAAGCUGUUGUGGGUAAAUCCGGAUUUAGGUUGCUAAACAUUAAUGGUAACUUUCUUUCGCAUCAAGGGAUUGAAGAUAUGAAAGCGAUUUUCAAAAACUCUCCCCGUAUGCUUGGACCGCUUGAUGAGAAUGAUCCUCAAGAUACUUAAACUAGA